ACUUCAGCUCAUGUAUAGCACCGUGCAUGUACUGUGCACUUCCCGCACACUGUAGUGUUGGUGGAUCAAAUGCCUGCGCUCUUGCACUUGACCCUAGUGGGCGGUGCAAACAAAUUUUAGAGACCAGAAAGCCCCUAAACCUCAAGCACAACUUUCAGAAGGCGCUUUUUAAAGGUCUCGUCACCAAAGAUCUUUGCGAGGUGUCAUUUAUGCAGAUAUGCACAAACUGAGAGACGCUGAGCAGUCGGUGUGAGGAAGUCUGUUUUUCUCUCUACUGUUCGGCUGUAUCUCAUGUCACGGACGCCUCAGUCUGUCGUCUAAUCAUCUGGACAUGAACGUCCUUCAAGAGUCCUGCUGCUCCAUCUUAGGAGUCCUCCUGCUUUUCCUUCUCCAAGGCUCAUGUUCUGAUCCAGAUGCAGAUGUUGUGCGUAAAGCUGUUGGAGACUCACUGGAAUUAAUCGCUGAUUAUCAAAAAGAUGAUCUUGAAGCGCUGUGGAAAUAUAAUGAGACUAUAUUUGCUGAGUAUCGAAAUAGUGAUUUACAAAAAGUAAAAUCUGAAUUAUUUAAUGGAAGGUUAAAGAUGUAUAAGGACAAAAUUAGUGUAAGAGUAACAGACCUUAGACUUCAGGAUUCUGGAAGAUUCUCUAUUGUUGGAGAAGGAAAAUCUGAACAAUAUAAAACAAAGUUCAUUGAGCUUCAUGUUCACGAGCUCGUCAGAGACGUUCAGAUUGAGUUCAGUGAGUCCUGGCUUCAAUCAAAAAACAUCUGCGUGUUUGAUCUUCAGUGUCUGUCGUCCGGUGAUCCCAAGCCCUCCUACAGCUGGAGCGCUCCUCAGAUCCAGACUCGAGGAGCUCACCUGAACAUCAGCCUCGGUCCAGAAGAAAACACCACCCUCACCUGCACAGCCAACAACUCCUACAGCGCCAACCACACGACACGGACUCUAGUGUGCACAGAGAGAGCUGAAGAUUCAAGUGUGUUGCCAGAGCAAGAUGCAGGGUUUCCUCUGGAGUAUUGGCUGAUUGCGGUUGGCGCCGGUGUCGGUGUCGGUGUCGUUGUUGUGGUCAUAUUCAGUACAACGCUCGCCGUGUGCUGCAGGAGGAGGACUAUUAAAGAAAAAGGAGAAAGUGAGGCUGGCAUAACAGUCUAUGAAGACGUGAACAUUGAUGGCCCGGCGAAGAACCGCUCUGAAAGUGUUGCAAACGGGAUGUCCAUUUAUGAAACGGUAAAAGACACAAAACCCUCACAGAACUUGCCUCAAACCCUGUAUGACAAAAUCAACUACCAGCGCCACCCUGCGGCCAGCACCAGCACCAGCGCCGGCACUUCCUGCUCUUUCCAGGAAGUCUUGUGAGAUUGGUCCUCCAUAAGUGAGACACAGAUAGACAGAUGGUUCGUGUUGUUAUCUCUGGAUUGGAUGAACCAGUCUCCCGAAUGUAUUGUUGGCUGCUUCGGUUGACCUUUGAACUCUUGCAUUAACUGUGCUGUGUAUUACAUGUAUCACGUUAAAAUACUUUUUUUAUAAA